AUGCAAUCGUCUAAAAGUAAAGAGUCUAGCAUUGGUAAUGGCUCUUUGAGAUCACCAAUUCGCCAAAUCCAACAACAUACGGUGGAUCCGGUCGCCAUUAGGAACAUCCAUUCCCAAAACCAACCGACCAAGCGUUCUGUUGCUAAUUUCAAUACUCGGCGUCAAUCAUCCAAUACGAAUACUAAUGAAAAAUCGCAAUACUCGAGGGAUAAAAAACGUCAACCCAGGAAUAAUCGUUCUUCAAAAGUUCCCAAACAUCAGCCAAAUAAGAAUCUCGCGGCUAACGUCAGUGUGAAAAAGAGUGCAAAUAUUCACCCGUUGGCUACCUUCUCGACGAAACAGGAACACCAGCAUCAAGCUAAGAACAUAAAUCAACAAGAAGUAGCUCAACCCUUGUUACCUAUCCCGCCAAAUAAGCUAUAUAUUUGCAUGAAAAAAAUUGGAAUGAUUGAUCGCCACUUCUCGGAUAUAUCUCUCAAGGUGGAACAUAGCACAUUUAAACAAAAUUAUCACCUAAACGCGAUCAAUACCGUACGCUCACCAUUUAUACAUGAAGCGCUGACCAAUUCUUCGUCAGAUGAGAUCAUUUUAUUCUUGGAUGCUGCGAAUAUAACUCCUGAAGGAAUUAGAAUAUGUUUCGCUCAUAUGAUCGAGUCUUCACUCCAUCGAAUCAACCCAAGCAAUGUGAAAAAUGUUUUUGCAGCCGCAUACUAUUUAGAAAUGAAGGAUAUCUGCGCCUGGUCUUUAGAGAUUCUGAAAAAAGAUAUUAAUCAUAAGACUGUUAUCUCAUACAUCAAAUUCUUUGAAAAGCAUUAUAAAGAAUAUGCUAGCUCAAUCGAGGAUCUCUGUUAUGCAUUCCUCAUCAGAAAACUUCCAAAGGUGCUCCAAGCUUUCAAGUUUAACACCAAUAACACUAAUCAUCUUCACGAAGGACAGAAUGUUUGUAAAUUGCAAUCCGGUAGUGGUUUCUGCCACAAUCGUGGCUACCAAGAGCUUUUAAAUAUCUAUGCUCAACUUCCGUUCACCUGGAUGAAGCGAAUUCUGGAAUCGAAAAAUCUUCUUGUGACCAGCAAUAUGCGAUACAAAGUCGCAAAAGAUCUCAUCGCCAAACGGCAAGAACUUAAAACCGUCACCAACAGCGAAUUCGUUUACCUGACAUUCGGGACCCAACAUUACCAAAAUAUCACGCUUGUGGAAAAAUCCCGUGAUCUACAAAAAGGGUUCCGGCGCGUCUUAUUUAAGGUAUCUAAUCGAAAAUAA